CCAAACAUUCAGAGUCAUGGCUGCUACCAUUGAGAGUUUACUGGAGGAAAUCUCCGGUGUGGAAAAUCCAGUAGAGGAGCUACAGAGUUUAAAAACAGCGUUGAUAUCGAUCCCUAUCAGCGCUUUGAGGGAUUCAGUCAGCGGACAGCGUUUCAAUGUGAUAUUCUCCCUUUUAAACUCAAACGACAGAGAGCAGGUGGAGUUAUGUGUGGACAUCCUUGAACGCAUCUUGAUGGCCCUGAGCCCCCUGACUCUGUCCCAGAGCUACAGAGCAGAGCUCAAGGGGGGUCUGACCCACCCUAAUGAGACCGUCAAGAUACUGGCUCUGACACAGAUUGGUAGAAUAGUGGAGAACCCUGAUGCUGCCACUGAAGUCCUCAACAACCAUGACAUCCUGGAAGCUGUGAUUAAAUGCAUUGGAGAAGAGAAGAUGGCAGUGGCAAAGCAGGCCAUCCAGUCACUGACAAAACUGAGCCACUCAAAACCUGGGUUAGACAAACUGUUCCACAGCGACCUGCUGAAAGUGAUGAAGGAUGUGAUGGCUAAGAAUGACAUCAUCAGAUACAGAAUAUAUGAGCUGGUGGUGGAAAUUUCUUCUGUUUCUCCCAUUUCCCUUGGUUACUGUGCCAACAGCAGCUUAAUUUCCCAGCUGCUGGGAGAGCUGACGGGAGAUGAUGUAUUGAUCAGAGCCACUGCUAUUGAAAUGGUGACCACUCUGGCCCACAGUCAGCACGGCCGUCAGUAUUUGGCUCAACAGGGAAUAAUGGACAAGAUCUCUAACAUGAUCAGAGGAGCAGAGACCGACCCCUUCUCCUCCCUCUACCUUCCUGGUCUGGUGAAGUUCUUUGGAAACCUGGCCAUAAUGGACAGCCCUCAGCAGGUUUGUGAAACUUAUCCAGCCUUCCAGAACAAGGUGUUUGAGAUGGCUUUGGACCCGGACCCUGUGAUGAUUGGCGUGGCUCUGGACACUUUGGGUUUACUCGGAUCUACUGUGGAGGGGAAGCAGGUCCUUCAGAAAACUGGUGAAAAGUUCAAGGCCGUGUUAUCAAGAAUGAGCCAGCUCGCCAGUUCUGGAGCGACAGAGCUCCGAGUGCGCAGCUUGGACGCCAUUUCACAACUCCUUACUCUGCAGCCAGAGCAGCAGACAGAAGACCUUUUGGCCCUGACAGAGUUGUGGUUCCAGCUUUUGUCCAACCAGGCCAUGGACAUGAUCCGCAACAUCAGCACUCAGCCAUUUCCAGAGCUGCAUUGUGGGGCUUUACGGAUAUUCACCGCCAUUGCUACUCAGCCGUGGGGUCAGAAGCUGAUGAUCAGCACUCCCGGCUUCAUGGAGUUUGUUUUGGAUCGUUCCACGGGUCAGACCAAGGAGGCCAAAGAUGCAAAGUUUGAACUGGUGGGGUCACUCCUGUGUUCAUCGACAGCAGCAGAGAUUCUGGGCAGCCAGCAUUACAUCAGCCUGAAGACGUAUCUGAGAGAGGGACCGUACUAUGUUUCAGCAGUGGCCUCAGUCAGCACAGAAGGGGCAGACUGAGGAAACACACACAUACACACACUUUGUUUUCUGGUUAAUGCUAAGGUAACAGGUAAGUGCCUGAGUAAUCAGGGUUUAACAAAUCAAAUUGGACAUAAUAAACAGAUUUUCUAUAAAAAUAAAGACUCUGCUUCUACAGAAAUCAGGAUGUGGUGUUUGCAAGAAUGCAGCUCUUACUGUUGACAGUACUUCAUUCUUAACUACACUAAACAAAAUCCUCUAACAGGAUGUUUUCAAGUCUUGAGGCUCCAGCUUAUUCAUCUAUCUCUUUAUUUAGGUUUUAUUUCAAACAGUAUGUUUAUCAGACUUUUCUGAUUGCACAUCAAACUUUCAGACAGUAUCUUCAGUCAGUUAUUGACCAUUGUAACUUUAAUUCUCCAACAACAGAAAAAAUGAUUCCUCCUUAUAAACAUGGAAACACCUCAAAUAUUAUUGAGUUGAAUAAAUGCAGCUGAUUUGUAUUUUAUUUUUAUUAAACAUGACAUGUUCUUUA